AGGUAGCUACAUCAAGCUGGGUGACAUACAGAUCCAAAGGGUAUCAUGAAGUUUCCAGGACCUUUGGAAAACCAGAGAUUGUCUUUCCUGUUGGAAAAGGCAAUCUCUAGGGAAGCCCAGAUGUGGAAAGUGAAUGUGCCGAAAAUGCCUACAAAUCAGAAUGUUUCUCCAUCCCAGAGAGAUGAAGUAAUUCAGUGGCUGGCCAAACUCAAGUACCAGUUCAACCUUUAUCCAGAAACAUUUGCUCUGGCUAGCAGUCUUUUGGACAGGUUUUUAGCUACUGUAAAGGCCCACCCAAAAUACUUGAGUUGUAUUGCGAUCAGCUGUUUUUUCCUAGCUGCCAAGACUGUUGAGGAAGAUGAGAGAAUUCCAGUACUGAAGGUGUUGGCGAGAGACAGCUUCUGUGGAUGUUCCUCAUCUGAAAUUCUGAGAAUGGAGAGAAUUAUUCUGGAUAAGUUGAAUUGGGAUCUUCACACCGCCACACCAUUGGAUUUUCUUCACAUUUUCCAUGCCAUUGCAGUGUCAACUAGGCCUCAGUUACUUUUCAGUUUACCCAAAUUGAGCCCGUCUCAACAUUUGACAGUCCUUACCAAGCAACUCCUUCACUGUAUGGCCUGCAACCAACUUCUGCAAUUCAAAGGAUCCAUGCUUGCUCUGGCCAUGGUUAGCUUGGAAAUGGAGAAACUGAUUCCUGAUUGGCUUCCUCUUACAAUUGAACUGCUUCAGAAAGCACAGAUGGAUAGCUCCCAGUUGAUCCACUGUCGGGAGCUUGUGGCACAUCACCUUUCUACUCUGCAGUCUGCCCUGCCUCUAAACUCCGUUUAUGUCUACCGUCCCCUCAAGCACACUCUGGUGACCUGGGACAAAGGAGUGUUCAGAUCACAUCCCUCCUCUGUACCAGGCCCAGAUUUCUCCAAGGACAACAGCAAGCCAGAAGUGCCAGUCAGAGGUACAGCAGCUUUCUGCCAUCAUCUCCCAGCUGCCAGCGGGUGCAAGUAUGCCUCUACUAAACGCAAAGUAGAGGAAAUGGAGGUAGAUGACUUCUACGAUGGAAUCAAGCGGCUGUAUAAUGAAGAGAAUGCUUCAGAAAAUGUGGGUUCUGUGUGUGGCACCGAUUUGUCAAGACAAGAGGGACAUGCCUCCCCUUGUCCACCCUUGCAGCCUGUUUCUGUCAUGUAGUGUCAACAAGAGUUACCUUCAGGUGCAAGCUAAGAUAGACUACUCUGAGAAUAACAGGUAAAAAACCAGGAAGGGCUAUAGAAGGAUAGGUACCUUUUCAGGCUGAUCUGAAGUGAGCCAGAAAAAAAACCCUCAUUUACUUAGGCGACUAAUUAUAAUUCAACAUCAUUUAAGUGCUUAAAAGACCA